CGAGAGAGAUUUUGUAACCAGACGACGAGGCUGACUUACCAACCAGAAGGAGAAACUCGAUGAUGAUGAUGAUGAUGUCCUUGUGGUCUCUUUGAUAAAUGAUUUGGUUGUGUUCAUUUUCCUCCUCUUAUUGAUUUUUUUUUUUCAUUUUUAAUCCUGAAAAAAUUCGGUUUCCGCUCUUUACUCUUUGAAUCCUCUGCUAAACACACACAACAAAAAUUCCCUCCUAAUCCUCUGUUUAUGUCACCUCUGUUUUUCUUCGGAUUGAUCUAAAAUCCAGAGAAGAGUACCAAAAAAAAAUCAAAUAUUGAUUACGAAUUGUUCUUUGCUCGUUACUCGUAAGGAUCUCUCUUUCGUCUUUUUCUCUGGAUCGCCUUUUUGUUUCCAGCUAUUAUUCACAAAUCUCGACAAAAGUUCUUUUGAUAUCUCAUCGAUUUCACCAAAACCUCUGUCUCCAAAUCCAAUUUCAUUAUUCAAUUCUCCGUUCCCCAAAUCAAAAAUCCUUUUUUUUCUCUCUCUCCUUCUCUGUUUUGAUUGAUCGAUUAUGGGCUGUGCGAGCUCGAAACAACGUAAGCGUUGCCUCCAUUGCCGGAGAGGAUAUUCUCCGGUGGACAUGCGGCGAAGCCAAUCGGUGCACCAGCCACCGCAACACGCAGACGACAGCUACCACAUGGUGGCUCUCAGUUCCUCGAGCCUCGGAUCUCUCAGGCUCUGCGAUUCCUCUUUCGGGCAUAACCACAAACACUUGGCAGACUUCAGCGAGAAGCUUGUCGCCGACGAAUCUGCCGGUAAGCGAAUCUCCGGAAAUGGGUUUGGUCACAGGGAAGUCAAGGAGAAGCCAGACGAUGAGAGAUUGAAUUUGGAAAUGCAGGCUAAGCUUAUGGAGGCUAAAGUAUGGUCAAGUAUGAUGAACGAGAAAAUCCCCAAGAUUGUGCCGAAAACUCCGAUCGCGACGCCUCCGGGAGAGCCAGAAACGAUCAAUACAUGGGAAAUGAUGGAUGGGCUUGAAGAUGUGAUUAGCCCUCUUCGAUCACCUAAUCACGUAAGGAGCUUCUCGUUCGAUGUUUCUCGUAAUGGUGAUUGUGAACAUCCCAAGUCGAAGUUUCAGGAGAAUGGUAAUGUAAAGCCAUUGUGGCUUCAGAUGGAGGAAGAAGGGCUUGAUUCGAGUUGCAGAUUCGAAGAUUUUGAUCCUAAGAUCAUUUCUUCCUUUAGGAAAUCGCUACAAGAACUCCCUUCUGAUCAUCCUUUUCACAUCUCGAUUAAAGAUUUGAAAUUGAAUCCAGGAGAAGAGGAAGAAGAAGAAAAGGAGGAAACUUUGGGUGAAUCAAGACAAACUAAUGGUAAAGACAAAGUGAUUGUCUACUUCACGAGCCUCAGAAGUAUAAGGAAGACAUAUGAAGAAAGCUGCGAUGUCCGAGUUAUACUAAAAAGCCUCGGGAUUCGAGUGGAUGAGCGAGAUGUAUCGAUGCAUUCAGGUUUCAAAGACGAGCUAAAGGAGCUGCUAGGGGAUGAAUUCAACAAUGGUGUUGGGAUUACCUUACCUAGAGUUUUCUUGGGGAGGAAGUAUCUCGGUGGAGCAGAGGAGAUUCGAAAGUUGAACGAAGAUGGGAAGCUCGAGAAGCUUCUAGAAGACUGCGAGAGGGUGGACGAAAACAGAAACGGUAAUGGGCAUGAAUGCGAGGCUUGUGGAGAUAUAAGGUUUGUGCCUUGUGAGACAUGUUCAGGGAGCUGCAAAGUGUACUAUGGAGAAGAAGAAGAAGAAGAAGAAGAUAGUGAAAGCGUAGUGGAAGAAAGAGAGUAUGGGUUUCAAACAUGUCCGGAUUGUAAUGAGAAUGGACUCAUUAGAUGUCCAUAUUGUUGUGAUUAGCUGUGUAAAUACACAUACACACAAAGGGAACCAUUGCUCUUCUUUUUGUUUUGUUUAACUAAAUUUUUGUUUUGAGUGCUUGAGGGGUUUCUUUCCUCUAGAGAUUUUGAUGUACAUAAGGAGGUUUUGAUUGUGAAAGCAGGUUAUAUUUCAAGUGUAAAAUUGAAAUUGGGAUGUGGUGU